AUGAUCUCCAACGAAUUGGCUAAAAUAUUCCACUCAUUAUCAAGCCUAAACACAACCAUAUCUGAGCUGCGAGAUGAGAACAUUAAUUUAAAACAAGGUAUUACGGAUUUAAAUAAUCAUCUGUCGGAGGUCGAUACUACUUUACCCGAUCUUAAUAAGCAGGCAAUAUCGUUUGAUACACGGCUUAAGUCCGUAGAAAGUCAAGUCUCUAAAGACAACUAUUUAUCUGACAAAUUAGAGGUUAUGGAGACUAAACUGGCUGCAAUGGAUCAACAGGCACGUGAUUGUAACAUUGAAAUAUCGAAUUUGCCUGAGCGCUGUGGAGAAAAUCUUGUUACAGUCAUUAUUAAUAUUGGCGUGCUAAUAAACCAGCAAAUCCAAGCAUCUGACAUAAUUUUGGCUCAUCGGGUUCCUCGUGUUGGUGAAAAGAAUAAACGACCUAAAAAUGCCAUAAUAAAAUUUAAGUCCAAAAUUUUGCGUGAUAAUUUUGUAGCUUCGUACCGUGCUAAAAAAGUCUUAACUUCAGAUCAGUUGUCUAUUACUGGAUCAUCGAAUUAA